AUGUUCCAGCUGAACUUCGAGCCAGACUUUGUAGAUGCUUUCACUGCCGGGGCACGGGACAUCCUUUGCAGCGGGCGGCCGCUGAGCGAGAAUCAGUUCACUCGGACGUUUGAAAGAGCCUUUGCCAAAUUGGUGCACGCGCCGUUUGCGCUGGCAACCACGUCAGGUACGAUGGCAUUGGACAUCGCAAUGCGCGGUAUUGGGGUUGCUGGCAAGGUCGUGAUCAUCCCCAGCAACACUUUCUUCGCUACUCAAGUAGCUGCCUCCAAUGCUGGGGCGAUCCUUGAGUGGGUUGACAUUGAGCCAGAGUACAUGCAGGUUUGCCCUCUGAGCUUGGAAGCUGUUUUCAAAAAACACGCGCCUGGAAGCGUUGCAGCUGUGGUUCUCGUGCACAUUGCCGGAAUCAUUUCUCCGCAUUUCCAGAAGAUUCGACAGCUAUGUCAAGAAAAUGGUGCGGCCCUAAUUGAGGAUGCGGCUCAUGCACAUACUGCAGCCUUCUCGGAUUCUGAGCAAGCAGGUACAAUUGGAGAUGUCGCUGCGUUUUCUUUCUUCCCUACGAAGGUGAUGACUGCCGGGGAGGCCGGCAUUGUCACAACCCAAUGCGAGGACUUGUUCAAAAAGAUGCAGAGCAUCAAGGAGUUCGGCAAGGAUGUCGAUGGACCAAAGUCCAGGCUUGUGCAAGUGCGCAGAGACGGAACCAAUGGUCGCAUUUCUGAGUUCACAGGGCUACUGGGCUUCCUCGAGUGCGGACGUGUGGCUUCAAGGGUGGCGCGUCGUAACGAGCUGCUGAAGCGGUUCGCAGAGAAGCUAGACUGCAGGUGCUACAAGGUCAUCAUGCAACCUCGAGGUUUGAGUGCAGCCUACAAGUGCGUUGUGAUUCUCCUCGGACCAGUGCGAGGCUGCAGAGAAGAGCUACGCAACUUCGCACAGGAAAGAGGUGUGAGCUUCACUGGCGAGGUCUAUUUCAGGCCUGUACAUCGUAUGCCUGCGCACAAAGAAACGGCAGCAGCUUCGUUGGAACUGCCUGUGACCGAUGACUUGUGUGCGAAUCACGUGUGCCCACCCCUCUACCCUGAACUGACUCACGAAGAUGUGGAUUACAUUUGCGACAUUAUGCCGCAGCCCAAGAUUUUUUCAAGCGUCUUCAGUGCUUGUCUGAACUUCCCAGGAAUGCCUUCACGCAAAAGGAGAACGGCCCGGUUGCGACCGAUGAGCCAGUUCAUAAGAAGCUCAGAAAAGGCGUCGUGCACGGAUCCCUGUGCACGGUGCACGGAUCCCUGUGGACCAGCAAGCUGCAUUUCUUUAUAG